AUUCAGAACCGGGUAACGUUCGACGGUCGGAACUCCGCGGUCGGCAACGUUCGGAGAGGCGGGGGAGGCGGCGGUCAGCCUCCCUCCCUCCCAGCCAGCCAGCCCCUUUCCCUCCCGGAGGGGGGGCGCGCGCUCCUGUGCCAUCGCCGCUCGCUGAAAUGAAUGGUUGAGAGGGGCGGGGGCUAGGAGGAGGAGGCGGCCGCGAAGGCAAAGGAAGGAGGAGGAGAAGAAGGAGAAGAAGAAGAAACAUCAGCAGCAGCAGAAGAGGCGGCGGCGGCGGGUCUUUUCUCUGGUUGGGGGAGAUCGUAGAGCAGCCUGGAAGAGAGACUUCCCUCUCCUCCCUUCUCCUCCUCCCCGCGGAGCCGCUGCAAGGAAAGAAGGCGAGAGAAAUGCAGGGAUUCGUCAGGUUACGGCGCUCGGGCUGGAAGAUGUGAGCCUCGGAUGGUGCUACGCCGCGAACCGGAGCCGGCUGCUUGCACAGGCUGCUGGUGAUAUACCGACUUGCUCGGAGAAAGCCGGGCGGCUCGGGGUGUGUUUGUGUGUGUCCGUCCGUCCGUCCGUCUGUCUGUCACCUCUCUCUCCACCCCCUCCCCCAGCGCUCCCCUUCCUAUUUUGUGUGUUAGGAAAAGACAUCCGAGGAAUGUUGUGUGUGUGAGUUGAAGUUGCUGCUGCGGCUCGUGCACCUUGAUCAUCCGCAAGCACCGGCUCCCUAUGUGUGUGUGAGAGAGAGGAAGAGAGAGCGAGAGGGCGGGACAAAUUUCUCAAUCUUGUAACAGCCGAUUUGAGGGCGAAAAGGGGGACCUGGGCUGGGUGGUUUCAUUUUCCCGGAGCGGGUGCCUUCUCCCUCUCUCCUCCUUGCAAGAGAAUUCCUAGCCCCACGCUCCCUCCUUUCCUCCCCUCCAAAGCCGGGCUGGGCGUGAUUAUUCUCUGCCUGCCCCUGCUUCUCUCAGUCCCUCUCUCCUUCUCCUUCUCCUUCUCUCUGUCUUCCCCCUUCUCUCUCCCUUUCCCUUCUCUCUCUCCCUUCCCCCCCUCCCCAAUCUCUAUUGUGCGAGCCAAAGAUGAAAGACCGGAGGGGAGAAAGUUAAAGAAAUCGCCCACAUGCGCUGCAUCAGUCCGAGGCUUUGGGAAAGGAAUAAAGAGGAGGUGGGAGAAGAGAGUUUAAAGUCUUUGCAGGCGGGAAGAUGGCGGACUCAAGCUGAAAGUGUCGACUGGCAAACUUGGGCGAUCUUUGUGUUUAUUUACAAUCCUCUCGACCCAGAUAGGACACAUGCAGGCCAAAAAACGCUACUUCAUCCUGCUCUCCGCUGGCACUUUCGUCGUCCUGCUGUUCUACUUGGGAGGCUUGCAGUUCAGAGCAUCCAGGAGCCAAAGCAGACGGGAGGCUCACAGUAGCAGGAAUGGCUUGCAGCACAGUGGCGGCCCCGAGCACUACUGGCCCCGAUUCCCGGACGCCCUGCGCCCCUUCGUCCCUUGGGAACAGCUGGAGAACGAGGAGUACAACAUGCACACUUCCCCGCGGCAGAAGCGCGACGCCAACGCCAGCGUCUACAAGGGCAAGAAGUGCCGGAUGGAGUCCUGCUUCGACUUUGCCCUCUGCAAGAAGAACGGCUUCAAGGUGUACGUCUACCCUCAGCAGAAAGGGGAGAAGAUCGCCGAGAGUUACCAAAACAUCCUCGCCGCCAUCGAAGGCUCCCGGUUUUAUACUUCCGACCCCAGCCAAGCUUGCCUGUUCGUCCUCAGCCUGGAUACCUUAGACAGGGACCAGCUGUCCCCCCAGUACGUGCACAACCUGCGGUCCAAGGUCCAGAACCUCCACUUGUGGAACAAUGGUAGGAACCACUUAGUUUUUAAUUUAUAUUCCGGCACGUGGCCUGACUACACCGAGGACGUGGGCUUCGACAUUGGCCAGGCCAUGCUAGCCAAAGCCAGCAUCAGCACGGAAAACUUCCGCCCGAAGUUUGACGUCUCUAUCCCGCUCUUUUCUAAGGAUCACCCGAGGACAGGAGGGGAGAAGGGCUUCCUGAGGUUUAACACCAUCCCUCCUCUCAGGAAGUACAUGUUGGUGUUCAAGGGGAAAAGGUACCUGACUGGGAUAGGGUCCGACACCAGGAAUGCCUUAUAUCAUGUCCAUAAUGGGGAGGAUGUUGUCCUCUUGACCACCUGCAAGCACGGCAAAGACUGGCAGAAGCACAAGGACUCACGGUGCGAUAGGGACAACGCGGAAUAUGAAAAGUAA